AUGAAAAGGCCUUUUCACAUGCUGACGGUCAAAAGGGUGCUAGAGUGUGUUCACCAUGGAGACUGGUUCACCUCUAUAGACCUAAAGGAUGCAUACUUCCACGUACCCAUCAUCCCACAACACAGGAAAUUCCUGCGGUUUUCAUUCCAGGGAAUAUCGUACCAGUACAACCGUCUGCCGUUCGGUUAUUCCCUGGCUCCUCGCACCUUUUCAAAGUGUGUAGAGACGGCAUUGCAGCCGCUACACAGAGGAGGGAUGAGAAGUAUUGUUUACCAGGGUGUGGAAUUGAACUCAGCCCGCAUGAGAGCGCGACUCUCACGGCAGAGAGUGGAGACGCUGACAGCUCUCCUUCGACGCGUCACACCCCGCAGCAUGGUGUCAGCCCUCUCCGUGAUGUGGCUGCUCGGCAUGAUGGCAGCCGGUCACGGGGUGAUUCCCCUGGGUCUCCUUCACAUGAGAAGCCUCCAGAGGUGGUUUAUUCGCCUACGCAUCGACCCCGUGCGACAGAAGAGGCGCAUGGUGGCCAUCCCUCUGUCCGUGGGUUCAGACUUAACCUGUUGGAAAAGUCCCCACGUCCUGUCAGCGGGUGUGGCCCUGGGCAGAGUUACGUCACACAUCUCAGUGUUCACAGACGCAUCUCUCUCAGGGUGGGGAGGAACGUGCAUGUCGCAGGCAGUGGGGGGACAGUGGCUGGCUCACAUGUCCUUCCACAUAAACGUGCUGGAAUUCAUCUUCGUACGGAGAGUAAUUCAGCAUUUUGCCUCGUUGCUGCAGAAUCAGCAUGUGUUGAUUCGCACAGACAACAGAGCCGCGGCAGCCUACAUCAAUCGCCAGGGCGGGGUACGCUCAGCGCAGCUUCUGAACACAGCCAGACGGCUGUUGAUCUGGGCGCGCGCACACCUGCUCUCCAUCAGAGCACUGUAUGUGCCCGGCGAAUUGAACAAAGGGGCAGACCUCAUGUCCAGAGGAGGUCCUCGCCAGGAGGACUGGAGCCUACAUCCCGAGCUGAUCACCCAGGUUUGGAGCCGGUUCGGGAGGGCGGAGGCGGAUCUGUUAGCCGUACGCGGGAACGCACAAUGCGCCCUCUGUUUCUCCCUGUCAGCGCGGGACCUCCCCCCCCUGGGGGUGGACGCGUUCGCACAUCGUCCAUGGCCCAGAGGAAUGCUGUACGCUUUCCUACCAGUCCCGCUGAUUCGUCGGUUCCUGGACCGAGUGCAGGAGGAGCGGCUGUCAGUGAUCCUAAUUGCCCCGGAGCGCACGGGCGCUUCCUGGUUUCCAUGCCUACAGCGGAGCCAGGGCCGUGUCUACCAGAGCGUCCUCCACAGCCAAGUGGGCAGCGUUCCAGCGUUGGUGUGUAGAAAGAAGCCUGGACCCCACUACGUGCCCCCUGCCUCACGUGCUGUCAUUCCUCCAGCUGUUGUUGGACAGGAAUUUGGCUUUCAGCACAAUCAAGGUAUAUGCGGCUGCCAUAUCAUCUUGUCACGUGGGUUUCGGAGCCGGGACGUUGUUCAGUCAUCCCCUGACGAAACGUUUUCUGCAAGGGGUACGAAGACUCAGACCGGUAUCACGCGCACUGGCGCCUCAGUGGGAUCUGGCUUUGGUGUUACGAGCACUAAGCAAAGCCCCAUUUGA